CACGAAACACCAACAACAACUGCGUUCACGCGCAGAUCAGCUGAUAGCUGUCAAAACAUCCUCGCGUAGUUGACGGCUGCUGUCAGUGAGAGAUAGCAUCUUUACAGGAUAGCGAUGUAGCCCGUUGUUUGAAUGAAUUGUCUUCUAUUAACAUGAGUAACGUUUCCAAUAGCUUUGAAACAAGACAGUUAAUCAGUGAUUAUUUCACAAGUGGUCCUAAUCUCAGAGACAGUGACAGUGAGGUAUCUGGAUCGAGUGAUGAAUCAAGUGACAGGAAUUACGAUAGAGAUCCUGCUCCUCGAAAAACGGCUCGUCUUGUUUUUGCGCCCGAAACCGGAGAGAUGGACAGUGAUGAAGACGAUGACUUGUCAGAGUCACAUCCAACUCUCGAAAAUCUGGCCGAUAAAAUCAUUCCUCCUGGCCAUGGUGAUGCUGGCCCUUCUGUAGUAGAUUGUCAUUGCUGCUGCAAGCUUAAUGAAGGAAAGCCUUGCCAUACCAGAUUUCCCAAAGAGGAGAGUUCCUUGAUGUCCGUCUGCAGUACCUCAACCUGUCUCGUGAAGAGCUUGACAUUGCCAUUCUCUCCAAGCUUUCUUGUGGAAUGCAUCUCUCUGACACAAUAUCAAGGUCCAGGAAGAGAGAGCAGACACAGCGUUUAGCCCACCGUACUGAUUAUUACUAUCAUGGGCAUAGGAUCUGCCGUGAUGUUUUCAAAUAUCUCCAUGGGGUUGGGCAGGACAAAUUGAAUGCAUUAAUGAAGCAUUGCAAGGCUGCUGGGGUGGAAGCAAGGGUCCACAAGCUGAAUAAGAGGCUUCCUGCAAAUGCAUUAAAAUUGCAGGACACAAGAGCCAUUGUGGAUUUCAUCCUCAACUAUGCAGAGGCGAAUGCGAUCAUUCUUCCAGGCUGCACACCAAGGCAUUGGAAGGCAGAUGUAAAACUGCUGCCAACCAACUGCAGCAAGAGGACGGUCUGUGAGCAGUACUGCGCAGCAGUGGAGAAUGCUGGCAUGCAAAUGGUAACCCUGAGAACCUUUCGUCGAAUAUGGCAGCAGUUAGUACCCUUUGUGUCGACCAUGCGCCCUGCCACUGACCUGUGCUGGUACUGUCAGUCAGGGAAAGGUGCCAACUGUGUAGUGUCACUCCUUCACUACUUCUUUGAGCACUAUGGCAUGGGUGAAGAAGAUGUCCAUUUACAUGCAGAUAACUGCAGUGGACAAAACAAAAACUCCACAAUGAUGUGGUACUUGAUGUGGAGGGUGCUAACAGGGCGUCACAAGAACAUCACCUUCUCCUUCCUGCUAGCUGGACACACAAAAUUUAGUUGUGACUGGUGCUUUGCUCUUGUGAAACGCUUGUUCAGAAGGACAAGGGUAGACUGUCUAAAUGACAUUGUCAAGGUGGUCGAGGAAUCCUCCCAUGUCAACAUUGCUCAAGUCUGCGGCAAGGAAAAUGGAGAGGUCAUUGUGCCAACAUAUGACUGGACGAGCUUCCUCAGCACAUACUUCAGGAAAGUUGGAGGAAUAAAGAAAAACCACCACUUUCACUUUCGUGAGGGGUCAGGCAUAAUUGAAAUAAAAGAGUUCUGUGACAGUGGUGCAACCCAGCAAGAUCUUCUGAGAGGAGGAGUGCCCCUGCCAAGCAAAAUGCCAGACCAGAUCCUACCAAAAGACUCGAUGCGAAGCGGCAGUGGUACCUCUAUGAAGAAAUAA